GUUCCCAUGCUCGGCUGGUCCGUUGUAGGCAUCGUCGCCGCAACGGGCGCCUUCCUCUACCUCGGCCGCGAGGACAAGAAGUCUGCUCUCGGCGUCGGCGAGUCGGAGGGCAUCUCCAAGACCAAGGGCGCAAAGCACAAGGCUGGAGCGGCUUCUGCCUCGGACCUCUCUGCUGGAACCAAGGCCGACUACCAGAAGGUCUACAACGCUAUCGCCGACAGGCUUGAGCAGGAGGGCUACGAUGACGGAAGCUACGGUCCCGUCCUUGUCCGCUUGGCCUGGCACUCGUCGGGCACUUACUGCAAGGACACCAAGACCGGCGGCUCCAACGGAGCUACGAUGCGUUUUGCUCCCGAGUCGGACCACGGUGCUAACGCUGGUCUCAAGGCUGCUCGUGACUUCCUCGAGCCCGUCAAGGCUAUGUUUCCCUGGGUAACAUACUCUGACCUCUGGACUCUGGCUGGCGUUGUCGCUGUUCAAGAGAUGGGCGGACCUCAGAUCGCUUGGCGUCCCGGCCGCUCCGACCGCGAGCAGGAGCACUGCGCACCCGAUGGCCGCCUGCCCGAUGGUGACAAGGAGCAGGACCACCUUCGCUUCAUCUUCUACCGCAUGGGCUUUAAUGACCAAGAGAUCGUCGCCCUCUCUGGCGCUCACGCUCUCGGCCGCUGCCACACGGACCGCUCUGGCUUCGAGGGCCCCUGGACGCACUCGCCCAUCUCGUUCACCAACCAGUACUACGACCUGCUGCUCAACGAGAAGUGGAACUGGAAGAAGUGGAACGGACCCAAGCAGUACAUUGACAAGAACACUGGUGGCCUCAUGAUGCUGACGACGGACAUGGCCUUGAUCAAGGAUAAGUCGUUCAGGCCUUGGGUCGAGAAGUACGCAAAGGACGAGGAGGCCUUCUUUGCCGACUUCUCCAACGUCUUCGCCAAGCUCCUCGAGCUCGGCGUGCCCGAGGAGAACUUCAAGGCCGCCGAGGCCGACCACUCGGGCAAGCCUUACAAGCUCAAGUCGACGGCCGACCAGGAGAACUGAGCGGCCGAGAGCGAUGACGGUCCUCAACGGGCGGCGUGCGCUUCAUGAACGAUUGGCUGCGAUGCGAUGCAAGCUCGCGCGAAGAGCUGGCUGCGAUAAUCUUCUCCACCUCCUUUCUCUUUCUUUUUCAUCUAGAUCACCCUCCAUAGAAGCCGGUGAAUCGAGUCCGCCCGAUGGACUCGUCUCGCUGUGCGACCUCAUCCUCAUAGAUCAUCCGACAACAGUUCUUUAUAGAUCAUCAAACUCGUAAACACUCUUCUUCAUAGAUCAGCGUGUCCACCCGUUCUCGAAUCGAUAUACACUCUUCUUCCUCC